AGGCGGAGCGCCCGUCGUCCCUCCAUUCAUUGUGAGCAAAGUCUCUGUCUCCUGCUAACGCCUCCACAGAGAAAGCAAGAGAGAGAGAGAGCGAGAGAGUGAGUUUGAUGAAAGAACGGGGGAGGAGUCACAGCAUGUGAGCAUACUGACACAUCAGAGAGAGCAAAGAAAGCAACAACAGAAGAGACGGACAGAUUUAAAGAGCAGGAAAAGGACGGAAAGGAUCUGCUCGAAGGCCACAUCUGCACUUCUCUCAGAGAGAGGAAAACAAUAUCUCCACUGGUCCUUCCUCCCUUGUUCCUCCACUCCGGAUCUCCUCCUUCCUGCAGCCUAUUGGAACAACACUAAAGACUGAGAGAUGCAGGAGAGGACGCAGAAGGGGACGGAGGAGAUGAAGAGAUGACUAGUGUGUGUGACAGGCUUGCAUGUGGAGGCGACAGUUGUAUGUGUGGGAGUCCCUAAGCUCCUGCCGGCGUUAACCAGAUGGAAUCUGGCCCGGCCGGUUGGCAUGGAGAUGGAUGCAAGGUGCCUCCUCGCUCAGUGGACCGCUGCUAGCAAACAAACAACCUCUUGUUUUCUGUCUGCUCUCUCUGUCGCCAGGCGAGUCCAGCAGCUUUAAGCGUGGGCAGUGUGUGUUAUUGUUUUUUUUUUUCUUGGAUUCUCUUUUCUCUCGUUUCUCUUGUCCCAUAGAGAAAAAAGUGAUUGAGAGAAAGCAAGCCUUUUUUUUAUAAACUCUGUGGACUCACUCAUAAAUCCACACACUUCUGACUGACACCCUUGUUGAAAGAAACUCUUAAAAGCCAGCUCGCUGCGAGUGGUUUUGAAGUGUUUUUUGGGACCUCGUUUUUUGGGACAGCUCAGCUAAGCCAGAGGGCUGCAAGCUGGUGCCUUCCCAUUUAUGUUUUGCCUCCCUUCUGUCCUCCUCUCCCUGCCUCCAUAUAUCCCCUGAGGCCCCAUUGUCAUCAUUAAUUUCUAUUGCGAGUUUCCCAUGAAUAAUGGAGGCAGUGGAGUCUCCUCUGGACUAGUGCCUUAAGGGUGGGAGGUGGAUGAAAAAGGAGAGGACAAGAGAACAAGAGGUUAGAAAACAGAAGAAGCCGAGCACUAGAGUGUCAGCUCCCUACAUCUGUAUGAGAGCGAGGCAGAGGGGUGUGUCUAGCGCUGAACGGAUGAAUGGAAGAGCAACCUACGGAGGCUGAGCUCAGGAACAACACGUGCUCUGACGACGAAACAGAGGAGAGGACGAUCCUUGGCCGCUUACAUCCAGACCGCACCUUCCUCCCUCUACAACCAGCUGGAAUAAACAAAAGGGAUAAAGGAAGAGAAAACAGAGCAGUGAUGCUCUGAUCCAGAACCACAACGAAGAAGACUGCAACACUUUCCCCUGCUUUUUAUUUUACUCUCUGCUGUUUUCUUGUUCGUCCUUUCGAACAUUUGUUGGAACAAUUUAAAGAUGGCCAAGUGGAAUAUCUCGGAAGCCUUGGGUUUCACAUUUUUGUUCCUCUUUAAUUAGAAACACUCAUUCAUUUUGACACAAAUUCUCUUUUGACGUGUAUACAGGAAUGCUCUGCAAAGAACCACAUCAGGUCUGCUCAACUGGAGAAUCAUUUGAAGAAGCUUCUAAGAAAAAACAAGGCUUGUAGAGUUUUUUAGAGAUCUGGAAAAUGAGCAGAGAGGACUGUUUAGAAAAGAGGACAGUCUCAUAAAUAUAGGAUAACUUUCUUGGCAACUCACUCUGUUUUUUGAUGACAUGGCCUUUUGUUGACAGUUUAUGGACAAAGAAAGGAGGAAGUUGUAAUGUAACUUCCUCCUUGUGGACGUACUUCCUAGAAAGUGCCUGAUCUUUGUAGCUUUGUAAAAAGAAAACCAAAAAGGAAAAGAUACCCGAGCUCACAGAAUCAUGGAUGACUCGAGUAUUUUGAGGCGCAGGGGACUCCAGAAGGAGCUGAGCCUUCCCAGACGAGGCAGUUUCUGUCGGACGAGCAACAGGAAGAGCCUGAUUGUGACAUCCAGCACUUCCCCCACCCUGCCGCGACCACACUCACCUCUGCACGGACACACAGGUACCAGUCCACUGGACAGCCCUCGCAACUUCUCCCCGAACACAGCUGCACACUUCUCCUUUGUUCCUGCACGCAGUCAUGGACACAGGGCUGACAGGACGGAUGGCAGACGCUGGUCUCUGGCCUCUUUGCCCUCCUCUGGCUAUGGCACCAACACUCCCAGCUCCACUGUCUCGUCCUCCUGUUCAUCUCAGGAGAAACUGCACCAGCUGCCCUUCCAGCCCACCCCAGAUGAGCUGCACUUCCUUACCAAACACUUCAGCUCCGAGAGCAUCACAGAUGAGGAGGGACGCCGCUCCCCCGCCAUGAGACCGCGCUCCCGCAGCCUCAGUCCCGGGCGCUCGCCUAUCUCCUUCGACCAUGAGAUCGUGAUGAUGAACCAUGUGUACAAAGAGAGGUUUCCCAAGGCGACGGCUCAGAUGGAGGAGCGUCUGGCUGAGCUGCUCAGCUCCUCGGCCCCGGAUAAGGUGCGCCCGCUGGCUGAUGGGGUCCUGAGCUUCAUCUACCAUCAGCUGAUAGAGCUGUCCAGAGACUGCCUGGAGAAAAGCAGAGAAGGCCUCAUCACCUCCCGCUACUUCUACGAGCUCCAGGAGAACCUGGAGAAGCUGCUGCAAGAUGCUCAUGAGCGCUCAGAGAGCGUGGAGGUUACCUUUGUUACACAACUCGUCAAAAAGCUGAUGAUCAUCAUCGCCCGGCCAGCACGGCUGCUGGAGUGCCUGGAGUUUGAUCCUGAGGAGUUCUACCAUUUGUUAGAGGCAGCAGAGGGCCAUGCUAAGGAGGGUCAGGGCAUUAAGUGCGACAUCCCCCGAUACAUCAUCAGCCAGCUGGGCCUCACCAGGGACCCCCUGGAGGAAAUGGCCCAGCUGAGCAGUUAUGACAGCGGGAACCCAGAAACCCCAGAGACUGAUGAAUCAGUGGAUGGUCGAGGCACCACAGUCCCAGCAGCUCCGCCACCGACUAAAACCAAAACACCUCGCGAGGAAGACUUUGAAAACAUCAAGCUCAUCAGUAAUGGUGCCUAUGGCGCUGUGUUUCUGGUGCGUCACAAGGAAACCCGGCAGCGUUUCGCCAUGAAGAAGAUCAACAAGCAGAACCUGAUCCUGAGGAACCAGAUCCAACAGGCUUUCGUGGAACGAGACAUCCUGACGUUUGCCGAGAACCCGUUUGUUGUCUCCAUGUUCUGUUCCUUCGAGACCAGGAGACACCUCUGCAUGGUGAUGGAGUAUGUGGAGGGUGGAGAUUGUGCCACGCUGCUGAAGAAUAUCGGAGCUUUGCCGGUCGAUAUGGCUCGUAUGUACUUUGCAGAGACCGUCCUCGCAUUAGAGUAUCUUCAUAAUUAUGGCAUCGUACACAGAGACCUCAAACCUGACAAUCUUCUCAUCACCUCCAUGGGACACAUCAAGCUGACAGACUUCGGUCUCUCAAAGAUCGGUUUGAUGAGUUUGACCACAAACCUGUAUGAAGGACACAUAGAGAAAGACACCAGAGAGUUCCUUGAUAAACAGGUGUGUGGCACUCCUGAGUACAUUGCCCCAGAGGUGAUUCUGCGUCAGGGCUACGGGAAGCCAGUGGACUGGUGGGCGAUGGGAGUCAUCCUCUAUGAGUUCCUGGUGGGCUGUGCUCCCUUCUUUGGAGACACACCAGAGGAGCUAUUUGGUCAGGUCAUCAGUGAUGAGAUCAUCUGGCCGGAGGAGGAAGAAGCUCUGCCUCUGGAGGCGCAGGACCUUAUCUCCAAACUGCUGAGACAGAAUCCUCUGGAGAGACUGGGCACAGGAAGUGCCUUUGAGGUGAAGCAGCACCCGUUCUUCACAGAGCUGGACUGGAACAGCCUGCUGAGGCAGAAGGCCGAGUUCAUUCCCCAGCUAGAGUCUGAGGACGACACCAGCUACUUUGACACUCGUUCUGACCGGUACCACCAUGUAGAUUCAGAAGAAGAAGACGACACCAAUGAUGAUGAACAUGUGGAGAUUAGACAGUUCUCCUCCUGCUCACCUCGCUUCAGCAAGGUGUACAGCAGUAUGGAGCGUCUGUCUCUGCAUGAGGAGAAGAGGACUCCUCCUCCCACCAAACGCAGCCUCAGUGAAGAGGGAGGAGAUCGCAUCGACAGCUUAAGCGGACUCAAGUCAAGAGAUCGAUCCUGGCUGGUGGGAUCUCCAGAGAUCCUGCGGAAGCGUCUGUCUGUUUCAGAGUCGUCCCACACAGAGAGCGACUCCAGUCCCCCACUGACCGUCCGGAGACGCUGCUGCUCAGCCAUCAUUGAGAUGCCACGCUUUGCCAUCUCCUCAGAGGAAGAGGGAGGCCAAGGUCAAGGUGCAGCUGGAAGUCGUAAGAGUCCCAGCCUGUUGGGUCCAAGUGCAGUGAGGGGCCCGCGUAGUGACGAGCUGCCCCUUGCUAUCCCAGAGCUCCCAGUUGAGAGAGAGCUAAAGCUGGAUGAGUCUCCCACUACACCAAGCUCCUCCUCCUCCAGUCAGCUGAGCAAGGCCACACUCACACCUGGUAGUUCAGGGGACGUGUGUGAUCGUGGUCACAGAGGUAAUGGCAGUAAUGGCGGGGCCAGUGGAGCUGCUAAAGCUGCAGCAGACAGCGACUCUCCAUCCACUCCGAGAGCCAUCAGCGACCUGGCUGCUCGUAGGGCUCGUCAUCGGCUGCUCUCUGGAGAUGCAGACAAACACACAGCGACACCGAGCUCCAGACCACUCAACAAGGUCAUCAAGUCGGCGUCUGCCACCACUCUGUCACUGAUGAUCCCUGCAGACCACCAUGGAGCCUCUCCGUUGGCCAGCCCAAUGUCGCCCCACUCACUGUCAUCUAAUCCGUCGUCGCGGGACUCUUCCCCAAGCCGGGAUCUGUCCCCAGCCGUGAGCAACGUCAAGCCCGCCAUUGUGAUCCACAGAGCAGGCAAGAAGUAUGGCUUCACCCUGAGGGCCAUCCGAGUAUACAUGGGAGACUCUGACAUCUACACUGUACAUCACAUGGUCUGGCAUGUGGAAGAGGGCGGUCCAGCCCACGAUGCAGGGCUUAGGGAGGGGGACCUAAUCACCCACGUCAACGGAGAACCAGUUCACGGUCUGGUUCACACAGAGGUGGUGGAGCUCAUACUGAAGAGUGGUGCCAAAGUGUCCAUCUCUGCCACCCCGUUUGAGAACACGUCCAUCAAGGUCGGCCCUGCCCGAAAGACAAGCCACAAAUCCAAGAUGGCAAGACGCAACAAGAAGACCAAGACCAAGGAAGGACAGGACAGUAAGAAGAGGACGUCUCUGUUCAGGAAGAUCACCAAGCAGGCGUCUCUCCUCCACACCAGUCGCAGUUUGUCCUCCCUGAACCGGUCUCUGUCCUCUGGGGAGAGCGGCCCAGGCUCGCCCACACAUAACCUGUCACCACGGAGCCCGACACAGGGCUACAGGUCCACGCCAGACUCCGCCCACUCAGUUGGUGGAAACUCAUCUCAGAGCAGCUCCCCCAGUUCCAGUGUCCCAAACUCCCCGGCGAGCUCUGGCCACAUCAGGCCCAGCUCUCUGCACGGCCUCGCCCCAAAGCUCCAGCGCCAGUACCGCUCACCCCGACGCAAGUCAGCCGGCAACAUCCCCCUCUCCCCUCUGGCCCGCACACCUUCACCCACCCCUCAGAGCAGUUCACCUCAGCGCUCCCCCUCCCCUCUGCCCAGCCACGCUCUGGGACAGUCUGCGGUGGGUCAGUCAUUCCCUGUGAAGCUCCACUCCUCCCCUCCCCUGGUGAGGCAGAUAUCCAGGCCCAAGAGUGCCGAGCCUCCACGGUCUCCGCUUCUCAAGAGAGUGCAGUCAGCCGAGAAACUGGCCUCCUCCCUCUCUAACUCCCCCUCGUCUCCCUCUGGGGUGGCUACAGCGGGGGAGAAGAAGCUGGCGGUGGGAGCGACUGUAGGGAGUAGGAAACACAGUCUGGACAUCUCACAUUCAGAGUUUAAGAAGGAGAUUCUACAGAGAGAACCGAGCCUAACGAGCCUUCAGGAGUCAGCCAGCGAGGGUCUGCUGUCCUCAGCAGGACGCGGCGUGGAGAAGGGCAGCCUGCAGAAACACUCCUCCUCAUCCAGGAAGUUAGGGCGUCAGGAAGGGGACAGCGCCCUUAGUUCGGUGUCUGGCUCGCUUGGACUGGCCCCAGGGAAGAGCAAGCUGAAGGACAAACUAUCUGCCAUCCGGCAGGACAGAGCCGAGCGGAGAGAAUCACUACAGAAGCAAGAUGCCAUCCACGAGGUCGAUUCAUCAGAGGACGAGACAGAUGAGGGCUCGGAGGACAGCCAGGAGGGACGCAGGGGAGCGACCUUCACCCCACCUCCCCUGCUGAGGCCCACCACUGUGAGAACAGGCCCUGGAGGCACUCUGCCCUCCCUCUACCUCUCCCCCUGCACCCCUCAUGCCACAUUCACCCACACAGGAUCCUCGCAGGUAGGCAGGCCCACCCCCUCACACAGCCUCCCCCCUGUAACAGAGACGAAGCCCACUCAGAGCACCUCCUCUAUGGGAGUAAAAGACACAAGUUUGGCUUCAUCUACUGAAGACAGCGUAAAACAAGAGAGGAAGGUCCUGGAGCCGAGCAGUAUGACAAAACCCACUCAGGGCCCCCUUCCCUUCUCCACCCCAGGCAGUGCAUUCAUCUCAGUCAGCAAAGACACUUUCCUCAAGCCAACUCCUCCACAAGACUCAAAGAGUCUCAGGGGGAAGACUGCACCAUCAGAAUCCAGGGCAGAGGACCAAACCCUGGACAGGCCUCGAACCACAGUCCCCUCUACCACGAUCACUACCAGUACUACCGACUGCAGAACCACCACUAGUACCACAGACUCCAGAACUACCACCAGUACUACAGACUGCCGUACCACUGACAGCCAAGAGACACCUCGCACCUCCUGCUCCUCUCCUGGCAUCCCCAAGGAGAAGAAGGAAGCUGACAACCGGAGACUAUGUGCUGCUGCUGCAAGUCUGAGUGCAACAUCAUCGUCCACUUCUGGCUCCAGCUCCAGUUCCAGCUCCCCAGUUCCUGCCCCUGAGAGUGCUGUGGACAAAGUUGUGUCCCAGCUUGCAACAGUAGCUAAGAGUGUUCUGGGUCCUGUCAAACUUAGCACCGCUACAGAUAAGAGCCAGAAAGACCAGAAACCAUCCAGAUGUGGCACCACAGAAGUCCCACCAAGUGGUCCCCUUUCAUUUUCCUCGAAACAGCUCCCAACUCCUCAGUCACCUCUUUUUUCUGAGUCCCAAACCAGACCGAAAUCUGAUCAAGUUGCCUCUCCAACCACCUCCCAGAGGGCUGCCAAAUCCUCAGUCCAGAAAGACUUUGCAACCCUGCUGCCAUCGUCCUGCAAGGAUGUCCCAGAGAGGCCCACAUCAGGGUCUGCAAGCAGGGAGAACGCUGCUAUGUCUGCAUCUGCACAGCGGCUGGGUGCAGCUGCCACUCAGCCUGCCCUCACCACACCCCCCAGCUCCUCUGCAGCAUCUGAGCCACAGCGCAAGAGGUCCGAACCCCAGACUACAACUGCCAACGCCGCAUCCGCCUCCGCACAACAAGACAAAGCAACCAGCAAGAAGACGUAGCAGAAAAAAAAGCAAAGAACAAAAUGUACAGAUCACACCACUCAGUGCUGGCUUGAGGUUUUAGAACCCACACAAACUGCAUGUUUGGAAGAAAACAUAUUAGUAACUUCGCACUAAUCAGAGAGUUUGACUUUCAAAGCAAAAGAAGGGUGCAGAGAGAGACAAAGAGCUAUCAGAAGCAGAGACAAAUGUGGUAGUCCUAGUUCCAUUCCAGGUGUUCUGUACUCUUAAUGUUCACGUGAGUUAUUUUGGUGUCCUGACUCUUUGGUUUCUGCUUUUAGAGUAAAUGCCACGAGGAAUUGGUGGAGGGUUUUUUUCUUCUCUUUUUUGCAAACAUGUAUGGGGCUAGAAAUAAAGAGUUCAGUGGUCCAUGCUUAUACAAUUUAACAUGCAGAUACACACCUGUCUUGCUCACAAUGUUCCUGUGCUGCCUCAUUACUUUUUACCUUGAUGUUUGGCCGAUCCUACAAGCAUGUUCUUCAAACAGAUUAGGACGGGAUUCCUCCCGUCCCUCCUUUCCCGCCAAUGUUAACCCACCCACCAAGAAGAUUGUAUCUCAGCAAUAAAGUACAGCAUAUGUUUAGCAAUCAGUAUAAAUGCAUAGCAGUGUUUAUAAUAGGACUAAAUCUGCACCGUCAAUGUAAACUCAGCACCCAGCUAACUAGGCCAAAUUAAAUCUUCCUCUUGCUGUAGUCCCUGGUGAUCCGACAAUGCAGGCAUGCAGAAGGCGAGAUGUAUUCCCUGAGCACAGAUUGCAGACGUGGUUCAGUGUUUUGAGGGUAUUCCUGGGAAUGUCAGUGGUGGAUUAGAAUAGUCUUUCUGCGGAUCUACCAAGACUGCGCUCAGGCACAGAUCUCAACCGACAGUUUCAAUCUCGUACUGAAACUUGUGCAUUUGCUUGCCAUUUUCCACAACCCUAGGCAUUUGUUUCUACUAGCUAGCACAGAUCUUAUUGUAGCUUAUUAUUGAGAAUGAAUAUCUGUUAGUAUAUAUUGUUAAAAGUUAAUCUGCUGUCAGAAUCUGAGCAAACAUUCCCAGAUCUGUUUCAAGUUCCAGUUCUUUCCAGGUUGAUCUUUAAACAUUUGGAAAGCAGUGAUGGCCUAGAAAGUAGGAAAAUUUGACUUUUGACUCCAACAUGUGACCGGUAGCUAAGGUGAUAAAGGGUUUGAUUUCAAUUAUUAAAUCCAUUUUUAGAUUUAGUGUUUUAAUUCAUACUUUUUUCUUUUUUUUUUGCUUGCUUGUUGUUCUCAUGGCACAUUAUUGUAGUUUCCUACAAAUGCUGAAAGCUAAACAUAAAUGCAUUCAAUAAGGGAUUUGAAAAACUUCACAAUCAAAAAGCCAAUUCAGUACUGGAUACAGACCCAAUAAAAUCUUAUCAAAACCCAACCCUAGCAUAUUGGCAUUUGCACAGUUACAUGGUUAUUAUGUUUCUGGAUGUGUUUUAAGUCAGAACUAAAAGAAAAUCUUUUACAAGUCUUGUAUUGGUCACCUGCACACACUUCCAAAAGCAGAAACAGCUUCACCAUCAUGGUCAGACUGUUUUAUUUAGAACCACUCUUCUGUCGGACCACCACCUUUUUAUUUCUUCGCCCAUCAGCCUCUGAAGGCUGCGGUAGUUUUAUUUGGUAUCUGGACCAACUUGCUGUGUUUUUUGCCUCUAAUGAAGUGAAGUCAUCAGACUUUACUUUUGUACGUGUGUGUGUGUGUGUGUGUGUGUGUGUGAGGGAGCGAGCGUUUGUUAAUUUGUGCAUGGUUAUUUGUGUACAUAUAUAUAUAAGAAUAUUUAAAGUUCUGUUGUGCAACUGUUUUAUACCCUGAGUGUGUGUUUAUGCGUGUGCGUUUUAGGAUUAACUUUGUUCGGGACACCCUGCUACCUGUGUAUGUGGCUGAGCUCUCUAUGUCUUCUGUGUCAGGCGUCAGGCUUUGCACAAACCUUUGAGCUCAUUUUGUCAAAUGUAAAAAAAAUCACUAAAAGGAAGCUGGUCGAGAUGUUUGACCACUGACUGCUGUGCUGGGUUGGAGCUCCACUCUGCUGUUGCUUCAGAAGGCAAACACAAAAAUGUAGUUAGCCUGUUAAAAUCAAUCCAUCAUGGUGUGUUUUGUUUGUUUGUUUGUUUGUUUGUUUUGAUAUACCACCUUUAAUUUUUUCAGUGUUGUCCUGAUCUUUUCCCUGAUUCCUACUGUACAUUUGAAAGCAAGAAACAGAUUGUUUUUGUUUUGGUUUCUUUGAUAUUUUUAAGAAAAUCACCCUUCAUUGAAUGCACACCCAACCCAAACCUGGUGUGGGUCCGCUCCAGUUGUGCAUUUGAACGUUUUCUGAGAAGUGGGAUGUUCCUCUCACAAGUUUAAGAUGAACUAAACCUCCUUCAGUGUUUUGUGUCUUUAUGGGGCUUGUGUCGCUGUUGGAGAGAAAGCAAAACUCACUGGUUACAGUUUAAUUAAGAGUUUUCAAGCUCAGUUUAAAGGACACUGUUAAACUGAUAUCAACACUGACUGUGGCAAUCUCUGUAUUAUGUUUACAUGUUCUUGCUUUGUAUCUUUGUGUUUUUUUGUUGUUGGUUUUGUUUUUUUUUGUCAAUGGAACUUGUUGCCUGUAGCAAUCAAACCUCCUCUGACAGGCUAGGAUAAUUACCAACGUGUUUAGGUGACUCCUGAUCAUAAUGUGGUGUGUUAGUAUUUAGCUGUGUGAUGAAGAGGUCACCUGUGAUUGAGGACGUGUAGAAAGGAGGAAGAUUCAGCGCAACACAUGUUAAAAUCAUCUCUGCUCUUGUUUGCGUUGCGCUGGUUGUCUCCUGGUACUGCAGAAGUGUGUUAACAGGUGUUUCUGUGGAACACAUCAGAGGUGUUGAGACUUGCGGGGAGGAAGCAGCGUCCCAUCGUUUGAGCUUGUGACCUCUCAGGAUUUACCUGCAGUAUGCUUUGGUCAAUCAGACAGUCUGGAAGUUGAUGACUAAUGAGUUUAAAAAUGCUUCUGUCUUUGCUGGCGUCAGACUUGAAUAGUUUUGUUGAUAAUGCGACCACAUUGGAUGUUAUUCAUACACACAACACAAACUUCUUGCCUCAUAGUGUGGUAUCAUCAGAAAACUGAGAUGACAGAGCAGAAAUCAGUGUGCGAGUCAGAUUUGAGAGCGAGCACGGACAGAUUCCUAAGCACUAAAGAAGUUCUAGAGUAAACAAAGACAGAAUUGUGAGCAUCUGUAAAGUUUCAUGCCUAAAAGACAAGUUUGGUCUGAGUGAACAUCAAGUCAGGUUGGACUUUGAUGGGCAGUUUUGGUUUGACCCUGGUUCCAGUGCAAUGAAUUACCUGCAUCUAAGGCUUACAAAUCUUGGGUCUGUUGUCGAUUUUGAUUCGAUGAAUGCUAUCAAACCUGAAGCUUUCCCCCCUUAGUAACAUCAGUAAGCUCAUUGUGCUUAAGAUCUUAAAAUCUGUGAACAGAAUUCCCAACUGGUGGCACAUAAAAUCAUGAUUCUAUACCUUAAUCCAGAGCAGUGCGAAUAUUAUCAGCUGAAUUUGAGCUCAUCACAGAUAUAUCAGUAUCACUGCAUAUAUUAGGCGAUCAGCAAUCUUGAACCCAUCGACUAUCAGUCUCAAUGUGAUACAGCCUCUGGGGGCAAUGACCAAUAUUUGGGGGUUCUGGUGUAGCCAGCUGAUAUUGGGGCUAAUGCUUCCUUUUCCAUCCAUUUUUACAGUUUGAUUAGCAACUUGAAACAGGGUCACAUAAUGUUUCGGCUCAUAUCUAGACAGAUCAGUUAAAAAAAAAAAAAAGAGAGAGAAUAAAAAGUUCAUCUACGUCAGACGAUAGCCAGUAGGUUCUAAGAUUGCAUUUCUGUCACUGUGUUCCACCUCUUCACACGGACUGUUGACCGUGUUGCUAAUAAGCAAAGCCCGCUCAAAUUGGUUUUGAUUGGUUAAUAGUACUCGGACUAAAAACAGAAAUCAGAACGCCUCCGAUACCAAAAUCUGUUGCCUACAGAUUCUGCAUACAUACGCAGACGUCUGUUUAUAGAAAUAAGGCGAUAAGUUACAACAAAUGUAAGUACAGAAAUGCCAAAGAUAUGUUCAAGGUCAUUCAGAAACUGUGUCCCCUGUACAUAGUUUUUAAGGAAUCCUUAUAAAAUGAAACAAGUAUUGGCCGAUUUAUGUCAAUAUAUAAAUUGAGCAAAUUUCUGCAUUGUUGCCUCAAAAAUUGACAAAAAAAUCCUGUUGAGUUCUACGUGAAACUUGUGUGUUGCUGAAUGAUUUGUCCCUGUGUGCUCUCAAAUCCUGACUAAUUGAUUACAAGCAGGUUCAUUAAAUCCUGAAAUAUUUGGGUUUUGGUUUGGUUGCUCAAGGUAAGAAUCCUCCUCAUCAGCAGGAGUUCUGAUCGGUGCUUUAAUCUCUUCACAGUUUCUGUUUUACAUUCUGAUGAAGCACCGCUGUCGACUUCUGCUACAGUUGUGAUUUUCUGCAUGUAAUUGGAACCUGAGUGUGUUUGUGUGUAAUCACGCACACUCCAGUCCAUCUGCUCUCAGCUGGUAGUCCUAUUAGUGCUACAUGGACAGCUGCCACACACACAGAUCAAUACCUGUGCCAUCUAAUGUGGCGCUGCCAGUUUCACAGUCUCAACUGACAUUAUAAAGACACACAUACAUACCAGUAUGCGCACACACACACACAGACACACACCUUCUCCCGAGUGUAAAGAUGAUGGUCCAGCCAUCUGCUGGAGAGUGAAGCAAGUGUCAGGUUCCCUGGUGGAGUCAUUAAUCUCAAACCCUGAGCCUGUUGACCACACACACACACACACACACGUUGGUCAACACAAAUACUACCGGUCUCCUCAGGCUCCUCUGUCCCAUCCCAGUACUGUUGGCGGUCGGUUCAGCAGUUACAAUUUUGGCACUGAUCAACCUCCGGCAUGCUUUUUACCCAUCAUGCACCUCUGCUGCUCUGUGGCAGAGGCCCACAAACCAGACGCACCACGACGGAAGUUUAUUUACCAGCUGAGAAGUCAAACUAAGACUGUAAUCAGUCUGAAAGUCAGGAUUUGAGCGCAUGUGUGUGUGGAAUUGUGUUAAAAUUUUCAGCUAGCUUGGGUAAUGUUUGCGCCAAAACAAUACCUGCAUGCUGGUACAGAUACUAAAUGGCAAAUUCUGAUACAUUUUUGAGAGAUGUAAACAUUUUUCAAUGUUCAACAGAUGCUAAAGUUCUGAAAUGUUACAUGUCGUACAAACACAGGUGUCUCUAUACUCCGCAAUUUGAAACUGACGAAAUAUUUGAUUUAAAUUAGAAACCAUCUGAUCAAAAAGUGAAUGCUCAAGAUUACAAACCUCACUUGAUCAUUUGAUUCCAGUUUCCUUGAGUUGAUAAUACUCAAUGCUGGGACACAUUUCAACCUAUCAAGAGCUCAGAGUUUACUAUACAGUUGCAGGAAAGUGUGCAGACAGAUCGUUUGUUUUGAUUUAUUAUAUUUAUCUUCUUCUGUUCCCACGUGGCAAUUCUGACAUUGAAUAACUUUUGUACAUAUGACAAGUCCUGUUAAAACCUGCUAGCUAAACCUGUCAUGUUUCGCAAGCUCAAGAUUAGCCAAAACAGCUGCAGUACACUCUGAGCAGAUUUGUAAACUGAAAUCCUUGAAUUCUCUUACACAUAUUAAAUCCAUAAUUUCUGUUAUCAAGCUGCUGUUUUGUCAGUAAAAAAAAAACUUGUGUAUUGACCAAAACAGUGUUUUGAGCAUGUAAAACUUGUGCAGAUGAUUGUUUCCCUGCCUGCUACCAGAUAUCAAGUCUUGACUUGCAGACUGAUGGAAGCAUCAGUUAUGUUUUUGUCACAAAGGAGCUUCCAUACUCCUCUGACUCUGAGCAGUGUAGAGUAACCAGCUCUGUCUGUGAGGCACAUAGAUAAUUCAAAUACAUGACUUUGGGCAUGACGAGGUACGAGGUGAAGCCUUAUUACCACUAACACACACACACACACACACACACACGUACGUUCUGAACCACCGUUACAUGAGAUUCAGUGAUGUUUCAAUGUGCAGUCCGUCGGUCGUUUCUGUGUCUGAGAGGUCGUCGCUGCUCAGUUGAGUAGCAAAAAUCGACUUUUGUGGACUCUUGCAGUUAAGGGCAGUAUUUCCCAGCUGUGUGUUUUGUGUUUGUCUAUAAAGAGUGAUGAAGAGGAAGGUUCAGCUGUGCACCGUAAAAGCUUGAGAAAGACAUUAAGAGAGAGAGAAAAAAACAUUGCUAGAGUAAAACCAGUGCAAUAUCUUUUUAUUUUUUAUUGUGGUAAAAGCAUGUUGUUGUCAAUCUUACCUUACAACAAUAAUAAAGUUUUUUUUAUGUACA